AUGGAUGAGGAGGAUAAGCAGAAAGAAGAAAUUAAGCAGCAUUACAAUGAAAUCGCUGAUUGAUACGAAGAAUAUGCUGACUUAUUAACAGCUUCUGUUUAUCAUUCAUUCUUACCUACGCUUCAUUUAGAAAGUUCCAGUAAAAUUAUAGAGGUUGCAUGUGGAACUGGCUUAGGUCUAUCAUUACUUAUGAGUCAUAUACUACCAGAAGCAGAAAUUUAUGCAAGUGACUUAAGCCCUGCAAUGCUUGCUAACUUCCACUCUUUCAAUUGGAACCAAAAUCCUGUUCCAAUUUAAAGGGGAAUUAAAAUAAUUGACUUUUUUGGUUGAUUUAGACCCUAACUGAUUUUAUAAAAAUUAUUACUGAAAAUGACCUGUAUUUUGUUCCAAUAUAAAGCAGGAGAUUAAGGCUCAAAAAAGGAAUUUACCAAAACUUAAUUUAAUAGAAGCCGCAAAUGAUGCUUUACCUUACGAGGAUAAUUUUUUUGAUAGAUAUAUUGCAAACUUUUCCCUUCAGUUGGUCCCAGAUGCGAGCUCAAUGCUGAGAGAGUCAUAUAGAGUUUUGGCUGAAAAUGGAAUUUCUGUAUUUUCUGUAUGGGGAAGAAGAGAAAUUUGUAACUGCCUGAAUAUUAUAGAUGAAGCAGUUUUUGAAGUCCUGGGAGAGGAAGAUAAUAAGAAAAGAUCCCCAUUUUAUCUAAAUGAUCAAGAAUUACUUAAAAAGCUGAUCAAAGAAGCUGGGUAUAGAAAAGUGUAUACAUAUUAUACAUCAACUCCUUAUGGGCCAACAGGAUCCGAGGAGACUAUGAAAUUUUACGAAGUCAAUCCUAACCUGUGGGAAUAUAAAAAGAAGUCUGAAGAAAUAUAUUUAAAUAUAUUGAGCAAAAUAAGAGAAAAAGUAGCACUUUUAGUUGAAAAAGAAGAAAUUAUCAUGUUUGAUGCUUUGAUCAUUAUCGCAUAUAAAUAG